AUGAGCUACAGGAAGCUCAACCCCUCAUCCACCCACCGCCCAGCUCUGAGCUACAGGAAGCUGUACCCCUCAUCCAUCCACCACGCAGCUCUGAGCUACAGGAAGAUGAACCCCUCAUCCAUCCACCGCCCAGCUCUGAGCUACAGGAAGCUGAACCCCUCAUCCAUCCACCACCCAGCUCUGAGCUACAGGAAGCUGAACCCCUCAUCCAUCCACCGCCCAGCUCUGAGCUACAGGAAGCUGAACCGCUCAUCCAUCCACCGCCCAGCUCUGAGCUACAGGAAGCUGAACCCCUCAUCCAUCCACCGUCCAGCUCUGAGCUACUGGAAGCUGAACCCCUCAUCCAUCCACCGUCCAGCUCUGAGCUACAGGAAGCUGAACUGCUCAUCCAUCCACCGUCCAGCUCUGAGCUACAGGAAGCUGAACCCCUCAUCCAUCCACCGCCCAGCUCUGAGCUACAGGAAGCUGAACCUCUCAUCCAUCCACCGCCCAGCUCUGAGCUACAGGAAGCUGAACCCCUCAUCCAUCCACCGCCCAGCUCUGAGCUACAGGAAGCUGUACCCCUCAUCCAUCCACCGCCCAGCUCUGAGCUACAGGAAGCUGAACCCCUCAUCCACCCACCGCCCAGCUCUGAGCUACAGGAAGCUGAACCCCUCAUCCAUCCACCGCCCAGCUCUGAGCUACAGGAAGCUGAACCGCUCAUCCAUCCACCGCCCAGCUCUGAGCUACAGGAAGCUGAACCCCUCAUCCAUCCACCGCCCAGCUCUGAGCUACAGGAAGCUGAACCGCUCAUCCAUCCACCGCCCAGCUCUGAGCUACAGGAAGCUGAACCCCUCAUCCAUCCACCGCCCAGCUCUGAGCUACAGGAAGCUGUACCCCUCAUCCAUCCACCGCCCAGCUCUGAGCUACAGGAAGAUGAACCCCUCAUCCAUCCACCGCCCAGCUCUGAGCUACAGGAAGCUGAACCCCUCAUCCAUCCACCACCCAGCUCUGAGCUACAGGAAGCUGAACCCCUCAUCCAUCCACCGCCCAGCUCUGAGCUACAGGAAGCUGAACCGCUCAUCCAUCCACCGCCCAGCUCUGAGCUACAGGAAGCUGAACCCCUCAUCCAUCCACCGUCCAGCUCUGAGCUACUGGAAGCUGAACCCCUCAUCCAUCCACCGUCCAGCUCUGAGCUACAGGAAGCUGAACUGCUCAUCCAUCCACCGCCCAGCUCUGAGCUACAGGAAGCUGAACCCCUCAUCCACCCACCGCCCAGCUCUGAGCUACAGGAAGCUGAACCCCUCAUCCAUCCACCGCCAAGCUCUGAGCUACAGGAAGCUGAACCCCUCAUCAAAUCAAAUCAAAUCAACUCUGAGCUACAGGAAGCUGAACCCAUCAUCCAUCCACCGCCCAGCUCUGAGCUACAGGAAGCUUUACCCCUCAUCUACCCACCGCCCAGCUCUGAGCUACAGGAAGCUGAACCCCUCAUCCACCCACCGCCCAGCUCUGAGCUACAGGAAGCUCAACCCUUCAUCCAUCCACCGGCCAGCUCUGAGCUACAGGAAGCUGUACCCCUCAUCCAUCCACCGCCCAGCUCUGAGCUAUAGGAAGCUGAACCCCUCAUCCACCCAUCGCCCAGCUCUGAGCUACAGGAAGCUCAACCCUUCAUCCAUCCACCGGCCAGCUCUGAGCUACAGGAAGCUGGACCCCUCAUCCAUCCACCUCCCAGCUCUGAGCUACAGGAAGCUGUACCCCUCAUCCUCCCACCGCCCAGCUCUGAGCUACAGGAAGCUGAACCCCUCAUCCACCCACCGGCCAACUCUGAGCUACAGGAAGCUCAACCCUUCAUCCAUCCACCGGCCAGCUCUGAGCUACAGGAAGCUGAACCCCUCAUCCACCCACCGCCCAGCUCUGAGCUACAGGAAGCUGAACCCCUCAUCCAUCCACCGCCCAGCUCUGAGCUACAGGAAGCUGAACCCCUCAUCCAUCCACCGCCCAGCUCUGAGCUACAGGAAGCUGAACCCCUCAUCCAUCCACCGCCCAGCUCUGAGCUACAGGAAGCUGAACCCCUCAUCCAUCCACCACCCAGCUCUGAGCUACAGGAAGCUGAACCCCUCUUACACUCCAUUUCACUGA